AGUUGGCAUGACCCAGGAGGCAACGGGGUAAGAGGGAACGAGGGGGGAGCAAGAGCGCGACAGGGAGAGAGAGAGAGAGAAGAGAGAGAGAAGGAUAGGGUGAAUACUGAGAGAGGUGACAGAGGAAGGAACUUUGGAACCCCUUUCCUCCCGAAUUCACCAUUCAGGGAGAACUUUCUGCGUGAAAAAAGAAAGCAACGCGCGGAAGGCAGAUAGAUAUCUCUGCAAAACUGUCGAGAGAAAUCUCCUGAUUAAAUGCGCCUGACUGAAGUUUUCUCCCCCUCCUCUGUCAGGUCUCUCUCUCCCUCGCCAGUUUAAUCUUCAACUUACUCUGCCGUCCCUAAGGGAUCCUUCUAGGCAGAGGCAAGGUUCCAUUCCUCCUGGGUUCUUCCUGUGGGAGAUUUAAAAAGCCAGGAUCCUCCUCUCCACUUCUCCGACCCUUCUUUCUCUCUCUCUGUCCACUUUCUCUCCAUCCUACCAUCAUGACCUUGCUGGCCUCCGAGAGGUCAAUUCUCAUUCGCAACAAAUUCCGCUCAGUUUUGCAGUUGAGAAUUCAGAAUCGAAGACAGCAAAAUGAGAUCAACGCUGAUUCUGGACUGAAAGGUUCUUGCCCACCUAAGCCAGGGCUGAAGGAUGCGAAUGAAGCUGUGUGUCAAACAGACGAUGGCGCCACUCAGAAGAUGCCCCCUAGUGGUCAUACUGCAGAAACUGCACAAGGUGAUGCUUCACCCUGGAGCAGAGAGCCUCCAGUUAUACCCAGUAUUCAUGUAUCUUCUUCCCUGACAGUCUGCUAUUUUCAAAUACCACCAACUGACCCGGACGCAGGGGGCUCAGGCACAAGGGCUCAGGAUGCCAAGAGAAGAUUCCGCUGGCUGAUGACCUGCCUGAGAAGAUUCCGCUUCGCCACAGCCCCCUGGAGCUCCUCACACAGCAAGCAAGAAACAUCCUGCCCCUCUGGAGAACAGUCAGCAUCCUCACUGCACUACAUCCCCACUGCACAUCUGUCCCCCCUCAUAGCUUCGCUCUCCUUCCCCGUGGCCUCGGACGUCUUCGAAGAUGACAUCUCCUGCUCCUGCUCCUCCACUUCCUCGUCUCCUGAGCAACUCGGGAUGCACCAAUCCCCCGCAUUUUCCCUGUCGCCGGGGCUGGCCAGUGAUCAGUCACUGAGUGACCUUUCGCCUGUGAACACGCCCAUGAACCCCAGCCCAAGUCAGUGCAGCUUGGCGUUGCUCCCGGCAACCGAGAGCAUCAACCAGCCAAUGACCAUGACUGUGGGUGAGACAAACUCCAUGGCAACGACUGGGAGAUCGAAGGGAAUAUAUAUGACCUCUCAGACCACACCAUUGCUGCCAAAGACAGCCUCCCAGCCCAUCCCCCCUGCUCAUUCCACGCCGGGCUCAUCCCUCGCUUCCACCAGACCCCCUCGGCCCCGGAAGGCACGCGACUCCAAGCCCAAGAUGAGGGAGCUGAAAUACCACCAGUACAUUCCCCCAGACCAGCGGGCAGGGGCGGGCAGCAGCUCGGCCAGCAACUCCGCCCAGAAGAACGCUGCCCCCGCCCAGCCCGUCGACCCCACCUACUCGCACCUCCUGCAGCAACAGCAGGUGUUCCUCCAGCUCCAGAUUCUCAACCAACAGCAGCGGCUCACCGUGGCAACCAGUGGCGACAGCCAGCUGGUGAGGCUUUCUGGUGCUCCACAGCAGACUCAGCCCUCUGCUUCCCCGCCGAAAACCUCAGCGCCUGUGGACACAAGUCCCCCUCAGAAGCCUGGGCUACUCCCUCCUAAUUUGGAUGACCUCACAGUAUCUGAGCUGCGGCAGCACCUGCGUAAGCGCGGCCUGCCCGUGUCCGGCACCAAGCCUGCGCUGCUGGAGCGCCUGCGCCACUUCCAGCCGCCUCCCCUGCCCCCUGCCCCCUGCCAGCUCACCCCCACCCUGGACUCUGGCAGCAGCAGCAGCAGCAGCAGCAGUCCCGCCAACCCCACCCCUGAGCCGCCUCCGGCCAACCCUGGGCACGUCUACAUCCAGGCCCCAGGCGUGGUGGCCAGCCUGCCCGACUCCGGCCUGUCCACCGUGGGCUUCCUGGCCUCCAGCACUCCCCCCUCAGGCUCAAGCCCUGGCCUGCAGGCGUCCUCCCCGCUGCCCAGCGCUGCCCCCUGGAGGUCAGAGCAGGCAGCGGCGGAGCUGAGCGUGGAGCUGAAGAUGAGGGAGAGGAUGAGGAACCGGCCCAGGGAGAGAACGCGAGAGCUCGGCAGCGAGGCUUGUAGAGCUUCCCUCCAUCCGUUUCUGCAACAGGAGCCUGGAUGCAGCCAAGGCAGAGCUGAUCAGGAUGGGUCGGCAGAGGCCCUGUUCCCUCAGGUGUAUUGCAGCCAGCCGUGUGAUGUGAUUGGUCAAGAUUUUGAACUGCCGAGGCAAAUCACGGCGAGCCCGGUGCAAAGUUCACCCAGUGUUCGAAGUCUGGAGGAGGAGCUUCAGGAGGCCAUCCAGAGAGUGGAAAUGGAUCCUAGUCAGUCCAUUGAUGAUAUUUUGGAAGGGACCAUUGGUCAUUCAGGUGAUGCCUCCCCUGUUACUGAGAUCCAAUCACCUGUCAACGUCCUCGCCAGAUCCUCCCCACUGCCGCCGCCUUCUGACCAAUCACAGGCUGCUCAGAGCCAUUGUAAGGAUGACAACUUCCUGUCGUCCCCUCUAUGCUCCUCCCUCCUGCUGGAGCUGCCUCCGUCUCCGUCCAACACCCUGCUCCUCGCUCCCGUGGCCCCCACCCCACCACCUCCCCCCAUCUGCACCACACCCCCCCCCAGCGCAAACUCCAGGAAGAGGCGUGAGGUCGCCACCUUUGACCCCGCCGACUGGCUGGAGUCGCUGACGUCUGGCUUCCGACCUCUCACCCCUCCCAGGGCACCCUUCCUCGAGUCGGACUUCGGCCUCGAUUCAGAUCUGAACGUAAACCGGGUCCUGGAUCUGAUGGUAGAGCAGUGGUGAAGGAGGUCUAUAGCCUCUCUGUGUAUGUGUGUGUGUAUGUAUGUGUGUGUGUGGUGAAGGAGGUCUAUAGCCUCUCCGUGUAUGUGUGUG